AUGGAGCUGAAGAGUAUGGAGAGUGUCACCAGCAUCUCGACCAGCGUUCUCUUGCUGUUCUCCAUCACGGCACAGGUUCGAGGUGAAAAGGAGAACCCCAUGCAGGAACUUCGCGUUCGCAAACUCUGCCUCAACAUCUGUGUGGGGGAGAGUGGAGACAGACUGACCCGGGCAGCCAAGGUUUCGGAGCAGCUCACAGGCCAGACUCCUGCGUUUUCCAAAGCUAGAUACACUGUCAGAUCCUUUGACAUCAGGAGAAAUGAAAAGAUUGCCAACCACCGCACAGCUCGAGGGGCCAAGGCAGAAGAAAUCCCGAAGAAAGGGCUGAUGGUGCAGAAGUCUGAACUAAGAAAAAAUAGGUUCUCAGAUACUGGAAACUUUGGUUUGGGGAUCCAGGAAUACAUCAUUCUGGGUAUCAAAUAUGACCCAAGCAUGGGCAUCUCCGGCCUAGAUUUCUAUGUGGUGCUGGGCAGGCCAGGUGUCAGCAGUGCCACCAAGAAGCACAGAGCAGGCUGCACCGGGGCCAAACGCAGAACCAGCAAAGAGGCAGCCAUGCGCUGCUUUCAGCACAUGUAUGAUGGGAUCACCCUUCCCAGCAAACAAAUGCCGUCUCUGUCCAAAAGGCCAAUAAAACAUUUUCAGUGA